AUAAUAUUGAAAUAGACCAAAAAUGGCUGAAGAGUUAGGCAAAAUGAUGAACAAGAAAGUAGUCAUUUUGACAAAUGAUGGCCGGACAUUUACUGGAAUGCUACGAGGUGUAGAUCAGGUAACAAACCUUAUAUUGGAAGACGUGGAGGAGAGAAUCUUCUCUCAAACUGAGCCUAUGAGAGUGGAAAAGUAUGAUGUAUAUCUAUUUAGAGGAGACGACACAAGUCUUAUUGGAUUAUAUAGCGAAGAAAAAGACGGACAGGUGAACUGGUCCGAAGUCCGAGCAGAUCCUGUAGGUCCCAUCACUCAUUACUCUUGUUUAUUCAAACAAUCAAUUCUUCACUACUAA